AUGCCGAACACCAAAAAGGAGCACGCAGAUAACUGGCAUAAGAAGGCUAAAAUAUCAAUGGAACACCCCUGUCAGAUGAGAUCUAUUUAUCAACUUUGCAACGUCAGAGGCAAAAAACUGUUAGAAAUGUUUCUGCAAAAUUCAAAAGCUAUACGGAAAAGCGAUGGAUCGUUUACUUCGCAACGUCUACAGUUAGAAUCCGGUGUGUCCCAAGUAUCAAAUCGAACAUUUCGCAG